AAAUUGUUGUUUUCUCUUGUACUAACCAUGCUGGGGUUUACCACACUGUUGUUGAUCCUGCUAAUUUUGUUUGCAAUUUAUUUGCAUAAAUCGGCCAAAAAGAGACCCAAAAAUUUUCCACCAGGUCCUUCAAAAUUACCGAUAUGGGGUAGUUACUGGUUUCUUCUCAAAGAAAACUACAAUAUGCUUCACUUAUCAAUGGAAUCUCUGGCCAAACAAUAUAAAACUGACAUUUUAGGGUUAUUUUUAGGAGAUUUUCCUACAGUUGUUACCUUGAGUCACGAACUAACGAAAGAAAUGUUAUCUCGAGAUGAGUUUGUAGGUAGAGUAGACACCGUCAUAGUGAGAGUUAGAAGUCGUGGAGAACCAAAAGGAAUAUUUUUUUCCGAUGGUUCGUUUUGGAAAACACAUCGAAAAUUUUCGUUACGACAUUUAAGGGACUAUGGUUUCGGGCGACGUUCAGACGUUAUGGAAAAUUAUGUAGCUGACGAAGUUAACUAUCUACUGAAUUUCCUUACUAGUGAACCAACAAAAGACGACAUGGAGGUUUGCAAGAGUAAAGGUCAGAUCCUCGUACCAGAUUUUCUUUAUGGAUCUCUUAUCAAUAUUAUAAUGUCAAUGAUAUCGUCCACUCAAUUUGAUCACCAUAAAGUACGAAAAUAUGCAAUAGCUGCAUUGAAUUUUAUGAAAAGUGGGGAUGCAACAGGAGGCGCAAUUACCAUAACUCCGUGGUUAAAAUACUUCGCACCAGAUUAUUUUGGUUACACUUCAGCAGAUAAAGAUAAUGCCUUUUUAGUAGGAUUCAUGAAAGAAAUAGUAGAUGAACAUUUACGAACCUUUUCUGAUGAUCACCACCGGGAUUUUAUUGACGAUUAUAUUAGUGAAAAUUUGAAACAAGGAACUGAGUUAGACUACAAUCAACUUGCCCUCGUAGCUUUGGACUACAUGUUUCCUUCUCCAGUAGGAGUAGGUCAAACGUUAAGCUUUUUCUUUGGCCUUUUGAUAAAUCACCCAGAUGUCCAAAUUAAAGUUCAAGAAGAAUUGGACAGAGUCGUAGGACGAUCAAGAUUACCCACUUUAGAUGAUCGAAAAGAUUUACCAUAUUUCGAAGCAACUCUUAGAGAAGUUCUUCGCCUAAUUCCUGUGACACCUCUUGGUCUUCCAAGGAGAUGUGUAGAAGACACAACACUGGGUGGUUAUUUCAUUCCGAAAGAUACUAUUAUGUUGCCUAAUCUGUGGACAGCACACAGAGACGAACGCGUUUAUGAAAAUCCUGACAAAUUUCAGCCUGAACGAUUUUUAGAUGAUCACGGUAAUUUGAUUAGAAAAGACACUACAGUUGCAUUUGGUGCAGGGAAAAGAUUAUGUGCUGGAGAGACGUACGCCCGACAAACAAUGUUUUUGCUGAUGACUGGUAUUUUUCAAAAUUUUACUAUAAAGUCGUCUACUGGUAAACCUGUUAACUUUAAUAAGAUGUUGCCUGGGAUUACUUUGUCGUUUAAAGAAAAGACCUGGGUCACUGCAAUUCCAAGAUAACAAACAUAACUGUGCAAUAUGUUAGCGAUAAGCUUUUGCGUAAACCUUUGUAAACUUAAGUUUGCUAAUUUAAACUGUGUAACCCCAUUUCUGUCAUUAUUAUUAUUCAUGAAACCUUUCCAUGAAAUACAAUAAAACUAAACGUCGUCUA